AUGUCCUCAAUAUUUCGAAAACUACCGGAUUCCGAAAGGAACACCAAUGCGUCUUUGUACUUUGGAAAUCUAGACCCGCAAUGUCUGGAGUUGUUGAUGUACGAGUUGUUUAUUCAGUUUGGCCCGGUGAAAAAUAUCAACAUGCCUAAAGAUCGUGUACUCAAAACACACCAAGGUUAUGGCUUUGUUGAAUUCAAGAACCCACUAGAUGCAAAAUACACCGAGGACAUCCUACGAGGAGCAAGACUCUAUGGGAAGCUGUUGAAGUUGAAGAGGUUGGACUCGAAGCCACAAACGCAACAGCGACUGCAAGUGGGUACAUAUGUUAGCACUAAACUGGAGUUGUUGAGUGACAAAUACAUUGAUGUCGGAGCUAGAGUGUUUGUUAACAACUUGAAUCCAUUGAUCGAUGAAAAGUUUUUGAUGAAUACAUUCCUGAAGUUUGGCACCGUUAUAAAAGAACCUGAAAUCAAACGAGAUCAUGAAGGAACUUCAAUGGGAUUCGGGUUUGUCACAUUUGGAGACUUUGAGACUAGCGACUUGGUCAUCGAAAAACUAAACAAUACCAUUCUAAUGAACUCAAAGAUCAGUUUGGAUUAUGCAUUCAAAAGUGAACUUGGGGAAAAUGGGAAAAGGGUACGCCAUGGAGACGAAGCUGAGAGAAAGCUAGCUGCAAAUGCAAAGAAGAACAACUUGCUUAAACUGAAAAGUAAUGGCAGGGUAAAUAAGAAAGGUAAACAUAAGUGA